AUGGUGUCAGGAAGCACCAAGUCACGCAAGUUGCUGUUGCUUGUGGUGGGUUGGUGCAUUGAUUGCAAUCUGCAGGUGUUCGUGCCACGUGCACCUUUGAUUACGAGGUCAUCUUGGCAGACCCGAUGGGCAGAAGGUGGUAACACGGCUGGUGGAGUAAAGCGGGUUCUGCCUUCCGCGACACGUCCGGCGAAUCGUGAUGCACAUGUGUUCAUCCCUUUAGACAACUAUGACAGCAAGCUCUCUGAUUUAUUUCACGGUGAAGACGUAUUGUUCAUCCGUGGAGGAGUGGGUGUUGGCAAGAGCACCUUGCAGCUAGAUUUGGCGCGGCAGUAUCCCCAGACGUUUGUCAGUGUUCCCUUCGCAGAGUCGAGCGAGGAAUCUUGGAGGUCGGGAAUCAUUGCUGCUAUCGAAAAUGCGACCGGUCAGACUGUGGCGCGGGGCCCCACACGGCUUGAGCAAGCUUUGAAAAACUUGGCUGAGGCAGAGCUCACAUUGGUCCUCGAUGAAGCACAUACACUUUUUCCCUUCGACGAGAUCCGUGAAUUGCUCUUCAAGAACGUAAACCACCCCAAGGUGGUUUUAUUCUCCGCCUCUAGUGAAGGAAGCACAAGUGGUGGCACCACCCCUGCUGAGAUCACGAGAAAGUUCUUUUGGAUUCCCCCCAUCCUUCCAAUUGGUGAUGAUUUCAUCAGCCAGUUAGAAGAGGCGGGAGUGUGCCUGAAUGCCGAGAGUGUUGCCUUCUUCAUGAAAUUCUGCGCGGGUCACAGAUCGAUCUUCAUGCGAGCAAUGGUCUGGGUCACUAAGCAACAAGAAGCGAAGUGGAAUUACAGCCAGACGGUGACCGCAGUGCGCAACAGCAUGGACCGAAAUGACUGGUUCAAGCGAGGAUCAAUUUGGGAAGAACUUGUUAAAUCUCGAGCCGUGAAAGUGAACGGAAGAUUCAGCGAACUGGAGAAGGUGCCAAUGAACUUUGUCAAGAUUCUUUGCGAGGGACCCUCAGCGCUUAGCUCUCUCGAUGAGCGCAGGGAGAUGACAAUUCAUGGCUUCGUUGUCCCUGCCCAGCAGAUGCCUGGCAACGAAGAGUUCACAGAAAUGGACUGGACUGCGCCAGACACGCAGUAUGCUGUGUCAAACCCUAUCAUGGCCUCCUACUACCGGUGUCAGUUAGAGCGGUUUCGUUCCCUGGCGGUGCGCGUCGAUCCGUACAUUCCAGUGAGCUGCUUAGACCUGCUGCUUCGGGCGAUUCCAUACCUCACCUUUGCACGGGUUGUGGGAUUCGCCCCGAUCAGCCCGGCACUAGGAGCCCUGUCUGCAUCGGACUUACCGUUUGAAGAUCAAUACAACAUAGCCAUUAAAAAUGCUUUGCAAGAGCUUGGGUACCGUGCCGCUUCGUAUCAAAGCCCGAAACAUGGCAAAGUGGAUGUCUUUGUCAACUUUGAUGGCGAUGGUGGUGGUGCGACGUUCAGUAUGGAAGGCAUCAUGGCAGAUCGUGGGCAACCAGCCGUCAAUGAGCAUCGCCAACGCUUCGACAAUCUCGAUGCAUACAGCAAAGCUACCUACAAGGUGCUAUUCAUCAUAGGAAAAAGGAAGCAGGUGCAUAAUCGCGUUUUGGCCACCAGAGCGGAGGGUGUUGAGAUCAUUGGUUUGGUGCCCGAUGUCUCGCACACUCGCUACGACAUUCUCUACCGAGGUGCGCAAGCUGAACAAGAUCAAGAUCCGAAACCGUACGUUGUCGAGUGCGACCUUGUGGCACGGGGGGUGGAUGGCAACGGUGCUUUAACAGAUUGCCAACCUUGGAUAG